UCGAGCUGAUCGAGCUGCUGCUUUUAUUUGGUUGAAGAUCACCAGCUAGGCUUAAACUUAAACAAGGUUUGUUACCUUCGAAACGAAGGAGGCCAGGGCUUUGACAGUGUCUUCAGGCAGAUUGUUCCAAUCCCGGAUAGUUCGGGGGAAGAAGGAGUUGAGUUUGUAGUUUGUACGGCAGGCAAUGUGCUGAAACUGUCGGCUGUGACCUCUCCGACUUCUCCUGUUGUUUCCGGGCAGAGGGUUCAAGAAUGGUGACUCGACGGAGUCAGUGUGAGUGAGGCAGAAUGGCAAGCAGUGCAGAAAACAACUUCCGUUCAUUCACAAGACAUCUAGAAGGACUGAUCAGAGAUUGCGAUAGAAGAAUAGACACGAGGGACAUAGCCGAGAUAAACGUUUUCAUAGAGAGAAUCUUCGCUCUGACCACAAAGGCGACGAAAUUGCAGAAAGCAUGCCCCAGCCUGCCAGCUAAUGAUGACUUUAGAGUUGCAAUUUCGGAUGUGGCAGGGGAACUUCGAGCCCGUCUGAAACAAUGGAACGGGAAACGUCAACACGCUCUUCCCAAACCAAAACGGGUAGAAAGCUUCCAUCCGGCUGGGAACGUGGAGAGGGAAGGACCUGGGAGGCCACGGAAAGACAUUUCUGUUGAAGAUGUUCUUCACGACAUCCUGGACCUAGACUACAGUGUCACUGACGUUGCCAAAAAACAUCAAGUAAACCGGUCCACCAUAUACCGCAGACUUGACGAACAUGGACUCAACAUACAACAGGAGAGGUACACUGACAUUUCCCAACAGGAAAUUGAAGAGAUCGUAGAAAGGGCGCGGGUUGACUAUGGAUUCCGGGAAAUGGGCCAAAAGGUCAUGUUUGGUCACUUGCGGUGA